AUGGCUUCUCAUGAACGUUGUUCUCACGUUUUUUUUUGUAUUCUUAAUCCGCUAAUCAAAAACGGAAUGCUUGCAAAUGCGGAUCAUAGAAAGCUAAUCGAGCAGUAUCUGCUCAAUGGAACAAAAUGUGGAUUGUUUGACCCACGAAAACUUGUUCUUUUGUUUUCCCAAACUGAUAUCGAGCCGACGGUUUCUUCUCUUUCAAAUACGGCAAACAUGCAGAUUGUUGAGCUUCCACAGAAAGAAAGACUCCAAUUGGUUCGGAAGCACCGAGCACGAUCACUGUCUAUUGCUGGAAAAUUCAUCAAACAUGAGAAUAAAGAAAUCUGUCCAAUGAUUUCGGUGAUUUCGAAGACGGCAUCAUCUUUGGUUGAAAAUCAUUUCGGUUCAGUCAAAAGCAAAACUUGUUUUGUACGCAAAAUCAACUCUGUCGAUCAAAUGACAGAUUGUUCCGGAGAUAAGGUGCAAAAGUGUUACAAAGUUUUGGUUUCGUUUUCUGAAGAAUCAAGUUCAAAGCUAUCAGUAGUGGAUGUCGAGAAUGUGGGAUAUGAGGAGUUGUUCGAUGAGCUACGAAACAUCUGUGAUUCGUCCCCCAAGAUCAGAUUCGAAUGUGGAGUGGGCGAUUUCGAGAGUGCAGACUUAGGGAAAAUUGAACGAAUCAUUGAAACAGUUGUGAAGUCCAAGUUGAUUGCAAAAGGUUCUACGAUCAGUCGAAUUUUUUAUAAUCAUGAAGGUGAUUUGAGACAAAGAGAUUUGGAGGUGUGGUUUGCUCAAUGUCAGAACUUCACCAUCAAACAUCACCAUCAAACACAACAAAUGAUGAUUACGCAACUUGACAAAGAAGGAAACGUUUUGAGGCAGAAGGAGGACAAUAGUUGGCAUCAACUGCGCGUUGAAAAAUCUCCAGUCAAAGCCACCAUAAUUUUAUCAGCUGUCUCCAUGGAUGGUGUUGAUAUUGAAUAUGUCUUGGACAUGAGUUCCUUUCGGCUUAUCAAACUGGAAACAAAUAAUAAAGUAAAUGUUGACGAUAUCAUUCAGUUUGCCGUGCCGUUCAUGAUGACAUGGGUCAACUCUGAGGACUUGGAGAUUAAGUUGGAUGUAGUGAGAAGACCAAGUGUGGACUUCAACGCGGAGCGAGAGGAUAAGUCGAGAUCAGCUCACGAAGCCAUGUCAUCUACAAACACCAGUCCGCUUUCACCAAAAGACGCUCAUACGCUUCCACUCAAUGCCGGUGUGACCGAUGCCGAUGCUCCACAGAACACGUUUGGAUGA